CAAAAACAGAUUUUCAAGGAUAUUAAGACUCUUCCGGAUAAAACACCAUGCCAGCGAAAAUCAGGAAGAAAUAACUACAGAACAUCAGCGUCAAACUCUCAAACGCAUCGUUAUCCUAAUGGUUGUAAAGUUAAGUCCGAUUCUAAGAGGACGUCUGGCUUAACAACUUUGCGGCCACCGAAAAACUAUUCUGAAUCUCAUAAAGUUCAAAACACAGAAGAAAGUAAUCCCGAUGUAGGUGGUGUCCAUCCUCUUAAAAAUGUUGACUUAGAUUCAACCCGAAGUAGUUGUGCCGAUGAAGAAUAGGAUAACACAAUCCAAACCGCUGUUAGUGCAACACCCAGUUACAGCAACUGUGCAACGGAUAACAGGAAAACUAGUCAUAACAUUCAUAUAACUGACCACGCACUUAACGUUGAUAUAUUCGAACCUCGCAAACCAUCGCAAGUAUGUUUAACACAGUACACAAUCCUCUCCAACUUAUGAAGAAGCCGAAAUCAACCACAAACCUUGGAAAUAAACGUCUUAAACACGUUACCCAUACGUCAGGUAUAAAUAGUUAUCCGAAUUGUAAUUGGCCACUUGGUCACAACCAUAGACCUGAUAGCCUUCUUGGUCCGGCUCCCAAUAUGUACAGUACGCCCUUAUCAGAUGCUAUAUCCAAUAGCAAUGAGAAAACCUUUUUUUGUAAUUCCGCCGGCUUUCCUUCCGGCAACGGUAAACAUAUUUAACAUGAUGACAAAGUGGUUGAAUCUAUUUCCCCUCGCAACACGACUCUUAACUUAGCUAAUCCUAUGAGUAUUCAUGAAACUGCCAAUUGCGAUUUAUACUCUAACCUGCUUCACUACGAUGACUCUGAGUUUCUUAUUCUUUCGUUCAAUGCCCGCUCUCUGUCUAAUAAAAUUAUUCAUCUUAAAACUCUUUUAUUCCUUGUAAAUCCAACCAUUGUACUUAUUACGGAAACGUGGUGUAAUUCAUUUAUAUCCGAUCAUUCCUUGAAUGUAGAUAACUACGUUUUCUUUAGAACCGAUAUAUGUUAUGGAAUAGGAGGCGGUACAAUUAUCUAUGUCCGUUCAGACAUUCAAGCGUGCAAAUUUGAGGAUAAAUCCCUUGAUGCUAUAGACGACUCCACUUGGGUUACUGUAAACUGUGGAUCCCAAAAUUAUUUACUGGUGGGAUGCAUAUAUAGACCACCUCAUGCGGAUACUAAGUUUGACAGAUUACUAACAAACAUAUUUUCCAUUGCUUCGCACCAACCGCAUACUUUUAAAAUCAUCGGAGGUGAUUUUAAUCUGCCAAAAAUUACAUGGGGCUUGACUACGGUACCAGGUCGAUAUAACAAACUAGUUGAAACAUUAGAAACUUGUGGAUGGGUUCAACGGGUCCGAAAACCAACCAGGGGGAAUAAUACACUUGAUUUAAUGUUCACAAUCAACAUAGACUCUAUUUCAGUGCAUACCAGUCAGGAGUUUUUAUGAGUGACCAUAGAAUUGUAUUGAGUAUUAUUCACUUAUUAAACGCCAUACAAUUGAACUCUAAAGCUUCAAUGACGUACAAGAGCAGACAUUUUGAUAAACAAACAUGGAAACGGACUGAAACUCUCAUUCAAUGUUUACCAUGGGAAACUUAUUUUACCACAAAUAAUGUUGACAUUGCGCUUUCCAAUCUAUACCACAACCUGAUAUAUUGUCUCGACUGCACUGCUCCAGUUAUUGGCCGUGUGGCUUAUAAUGCUAAUAGGGGCCAAAAUACUUUUAAAAGAAAGCUGAGGAAAUUAAAAUACCGCUACUAUGAGCAGAAUGAUGUGUAUGCACUUCAGAGUAUACUUAAAUUAAUCGACAGAAAUGCUUCAUCUAAACGUAAGUAUUUCAUGAAUAUAGAAAAUAAGGCUUUACGUAGUAAACGCCCAGAAUUAUCAAUACUUCGACUUUUUAAAUCCCGUGUAAAGUCAAAUUCCCUUGGCACGACAAAAUUCUUCAUAGUUAACGGAAGCAUUGUUAACGACCCGAAUACUAUAUGCGAACAAUUCAGCAAGCACUUCUCGCAGUGCUACAAAACUGGGACUGAAAACUCCAUCAUUACAUUUCCAAUGCUGACAUCCAGACAUCUGUCGAAAAUUGAUUUUACACACUCCAACAUCAAGCAGGCCAUAGCUGCCCUGAAAAAGUCUUAUGAUGGUGGACCUGACGGGAUACCUUCAUCAUUUGUGAAAUAUGGAAGUAGAGAAUUUCCACUAUUUUGUUUGAAACUUUUCAAUCUAUCUAUGGAAUAUGGGACCUAUCCAUCUGUAUGGAAAACAUCCCUUAUCACCCCUAGAUUCAAAACAGGACCACGUAGUGAUAUUAUUAACUAUAGGCCAAUUAAUUUGACAUCCGUGCUCUCAAGAACCAUGGAAAAAAUCAUCUACAAACAGCUACUAUCAUUUUUACUUUCGGCUAGUCUGAUCAGCCCAUCCCAACACGGGUUUAUGACUAAACGCUCAUGUUUCACAUCGCACCUGGAGUUUUUUGAUCAAAUUACCCAGAAAAGAGAUGUUGGUCAGUCAGUGAUAAUUCUUUACUUUGAUUGUAGUAAGGCUUUCGACAGUGUCUCACACAAACUUCUUCUUUUAAAACUCUCUUCAUUUGGCAUACAGAAUCCCCUUUUAUCUUGGCUCAAAUCUUUUUUAGAACAACGUAGCCAAAUCGUUCGCUUUGGAUCUUGCUACUCUAAACCUGUGAAUGUAACCAGUGGGGUUAUACAAGGAAGUGUGGUUGGUCCAUUACUCUUUCUCCUUUUUAUCAAUGAUGUGUGUUCCCUCUUUCAGUAUGGUAAGCCUUUCCUUUUUGCUGACGACCUGAAAGUAGUUCAUUCAUUCUCUUCUCCUACGAAAGAAAGCUAUAUUUCAGCGGUAAUCCAAGAGGAAAUAAACAAGUUGUACGAAUGGACUAUUUCGUGGAAUAUGCCACUUAAUGUUGACAAAAGUGGAUUUAUUCACAUUGGUCGCUGUCUUAACUUAAAUCUGACUGUACACACACAUACACUCAAACCUCUCAACACUGUUCGUGACCUGGGUUUAAGAUAUAGCAAUAGUCUGAACUUUUCUGAACACAUUAUAUCUCAAGUAUCCAAAGCUAGAAAGCUCAUCGGAUUGAUAAUGAUAAACUUCAAUAAUAUCGAAUCGAGAUUGUUACUAUACAGAAAAUGUAUCUUACCCAUUCUUGAAUAUGGUAUUUUAGUUUACAGUAAUUGUAGACAUAAUGACCUGAUUAGAAUUGAAGGUGUUCAAAGAAAGUUCACCAAAGCUGUUCUGGGGUAUUCCGAUAACAAAGACUAUUACCAAAGAUGUCAACAACUCAACUUAGAACCUCUUUGGAUCAGACGUAUCAAAUUAAAUCUUGUCUUUAUCUACCGGCUUACUAACGGUAUUUCCUACCCUUCAUACCUUAUGAUAUCAUCCCACAAUCUACGCAAUAAGGAGAAUAUUCUAGCGAUUCCAAGAACCCACACAAACUUACGUCAGAAUUUUUUCCUUAUUCGCUACUCAACAAUGUGGAACAGACUGCCAGUGAACCUCCGUUGCAGUGAAACUACAACCCAGUUCAAAAGUCUCCUUGACGAUUUUCUUUCCGAAAGUGGAUUAUGUCACCUAUUGAAUAUCAAUGUAUUCAAUAAUGAUUUAUACAAACAAGGUCCAUCAUCCAUUUAAUUGCUUGAAAAGCAAAAUAAAACCUUUAAAUCUUUCCACAUCUAUUUUAUUUUAUUUCUAUUUAUCUUAAUAUAUGACAUCUGCUUAUGUUCGUGUUUAUCAUUAUUACCGUUAU